AUGACAUUAGAUUUGGAGGAUAACAUCAUGGAGGAUACUGUUAUCGACGUGGUUGGAGAAGGAGUCAAAGACAGCGGGGAGGAGCAGCUCCUGCCCCUGGAUGAGUCUCGGACUGAGCAGGAGCGCAGCACGGGGACCUCCAUCGGCCCUUCUUGCAAUCCUCCCGCAAAGGGCAAAGGACCCACGUCCGUAAAACCCCCAUACUCUUACAUCGCUCUGAUAACCAUGGCGAUUCUUCAGAGCCCAAAGAAGCGUCUCACUCUCAGUGAGAUCUGCGACUUCAUCAGCCAACGCUUCGUUUAUUACAGGGAAAAAUUCCCAGCAUGGCAGAACUCGAUCCGCCACAACCUCUCGCUUAAUGACUGCUUCGUGAAGAUGCCCAGAGAGCCUGGAAACCCCGGAAAGGGCAAUUACUGGACUCUCGAUCCCAACUCCUCCGACAUGUUCGAGAACGGGAGUUUCCUGCGACGGAGGAAGCGCUUCAAGCGGCAACACUUUCGCUUCAAUCCACUCAAGGAGCAGCACCUGGAGCCCAGCGCGCUGCACGGCUUUACGCACGGCGCGUGCGGGCUGGGAGGCAUGACUCUGCAGUUUCCCUGCCUGGAGCUUCACCCCUUCCUCCAUCACCACGCGCCAGCGCCGUGUGGCUCCGUCACCAUUCCACCUGUCAACAGCAUCCUGCCGGCUUUAUCCAGCUUUUUCUCCCGCGGUGCCCUCACCGCCAAGGCUUUCCUCCAGUCCCAGCCGACCAUCAACUCUUUCUCCACGGCUCAGUGCGUGGCGUACACCCCUCCCUUGACCUCCAGCUCUGCCUACGUGUCUCCCGCACUCUUACACCCCGCAGUGUCCCCGCAUUUCCUUGGUUUACAGCAGGAAUACCAGAAACUACAGACUCAUCGAGGCAACGCAGACCUGCCCAAACUCCUCAGCUCUCACAACGAGCAAGCGCAUUAA